GAGUUUUUAACCAGGCUCCUUUCAUUUUAAACAUCAACUUAUAAUUUAUAAAAUAAAACCAAUAAAUAAUAGAAAAGGAAGGUUUCUUUCUUUCUAUAUAGAAAUUGGAAACGUUUUGGUGCAACGAAGCUUCCUCUUCGUUCGCUCACUUCCGAGAUGCGUCGUUCUGCAUCGAGGAAAACGGGUCAAAGUAAUUCUACAGACUCUCCCGAUCUCUUUCGCUCUGCUUCAGGUAAAGCAUCUUCGAAAGAGAUGGAACGAUUUGACAACCUUUUUUAUACAUAUGCAGAUAGGUCUUCUGGUGUGAUCGACCCUGUAGGUAUUGAAGCUCUUUGUUCAGAUAUGGAUGUCAGUCAUACUGAUGUUAGGGUCUUGAUGCUGGCUUGGAAAAUGAAAGCUGAGAAGCAAGGGUACUUUACCCUGGAAGAGUGGCGGAGGGGCCUCAAAUCACUGAGGGUUGACAAUAUAAAUAAAUUAAAGAAAGCCCUCCCAGAGCUGGAGAAAGAGGUUAAAAGGCCAUCAAACUUUAUGGAUUUCUAUACCUACGCAUUCCAGUAUUGCUUGACAGAGGAGAAACAAAAGAGUGUAGACAUAGAGAGUGUCUGUGAACUGCUGGAUCUUGUUUUAGGAUCUCAAUUUCGUGCCCAGGUUGACUAUUUUGUUGAGUACCUAAAGAUUCAAACUGAUUACAAGGUCAUAAACAUGGAUCAGUGGAUGGGCUUUUUCAGGUUCUGCAAUGAGAUAAGCUUCCCGGACUUUGAUAACUAUGAUCCGAAUCUUGCUUGGCCAUUGAUCCUAGACAAUUUUGUAGAAUGGAUGAAAGAAAAGCAAGCAUAAACUCGACUUCUUUUAGCCUACUUGAUUCUUAGCUGUAAACUGCCAUUUUUACUCAAGUAGGACUGUUGGAAGUACACAAACCAAACUGGCCCUGUAUUAUUUUACGUGUUUGCAAUCUUGAUUUUAUAUUUAUAUUUCACUUUCUAGACAUGAGAGAGUCAUGUUCAAACUCAUUAGCAUUGUCAUUAUAUGAUGAUUGUCGAAAACUUCUCAAAUAGUUUUCAAUAUAAUUUAUCACAAAGAACUGAAGUGAUGGUCGAAA